UGUGUGUGUGUGUGUGUGUGUGUGUGUGUGCCCCUGCUGCCCCCUGCUGGGGGGGAUGGUCCCUGCUGUGUGUGUGUGUGUGUGUGUGUGUGUGUGUGUGUGUGUGUGUCCCUGCUGCCCCCUGCUGGAGGGGAUGGGCCCUGCUCUGUGUGUCCAUGUGUGUGUGUUCGUGUCCCUGCCGCCCCUUGCUGGGGGGGACGAGCCCUGCUGUGUGUGUGUCCGUGUCCCGGCUGCUGGAGGGGACGGGCCCUGUGCCGUGUGUAUGUGUGUCCAUGUGUGUGUGUUCGUGUCCCUGCCACCCCUUGCUGGGGGGGGACGAGCCCUGCUGUGUGUGUGUCCGUGUCCCGGCUGCUGGAGGGGACGGGCCCUGCGCCGUGUGUGUGUGUGUUCGUGUCUCUGCCGCCCCUUGCUGGGGGGGGACGAGCCGUGCUGUGUGUGUGUCCGUGUCCCGGCUGCUGGAGGGGACGGGCCCUGUGCCGUGUGUGUGUCUGUGUAUUCGUGUCCCUGCCGCCCCUUGCUGGGGGGGGGACGAGCCCUGCUGUGUGUGUGUCCGUGUCCCGGCUGCUGGAGGGAACGGGCCCUGCGCCGUGUGCACGUGGCAGAGGCGACGCCAGUAGGAAGGGCCCCCGAAAGGAAGCAGAGAGACGGAGCUUCGGGGGCCCGGACUUGCUGUGAUUUACCAUCCAGUCUCAUGCUUCAGGGCCUCAGCCAAGAGCCUGUUGGGUCAGGAAGGAUUUUUUCCCCUGACCAGCGAUAUUGGGAGGUUUCUCUGCCUUCCUCAGAAGAGUUGGGGACCAGCCGCAGCUGGAGACGGGACCCCGGACAGGGUGGGCCACAGAACCCUCUUUCUCGGUGCCCGGCUGGCAGGCUCGUGCCCACAAGCUCAGGGUCCAAGCGAUCACCAGGCUGGGGAACAGGAAGGAUUUCUCCCCCACCCUGGGUCAGAUUGAAAGGGACCCAAGGGGGCAGGUGAUGUGGGGCAGGUCUCCCCGCUCAAUUCCCUGCUGCGAUAGGGGCCUCGGCUCGGCACGGGGCGCACACCAGCUGGGUCCUGCCGAGGAGCGAAAUGCUUCGCGCUCUGCACAGGGGGAACGGAACAGCCCACAGCUAGGAGACCUGGCUACAGCGAAUGGGCCCUUCUGGCCUUAAACCCUACGAAAUCUAGGAAAUGUGGUGAGGAGUCUGUGUAUAAACACCCCCCGCGCCCCACCCCAGAGGUGGCCGCAUCUCAGCACCGAGUGAGGAGUCCGGGUAUACACACUCCCUGCGCCCCACCCCAGAGGUGGCUGCAUCUCAGCGCCGGUGAAGAAUCCAUGAAUACACAGCCCCCAUGCCCACCCCAGAGGUGGCUGCAUCUCAGCGCCGGGCAAGGAAUCCGGGUAUACACACUCCCCGCGCCCCAUCCCAGAGGUGGCUGCUUCUCAGCACUGGGCAAAGAAUCUGUGUAUACACAGCCCCUGCGCCCCACCCCAGAGGUGGCUGCAUCUGAGCGCCGGGCAAGGAAUCCAUAAAUACACAGCCCCUGCGCCCCACCCUAGAGGUGGCUGCAUCUCAGCACUGGGCAAGGAAUCUGUGAAUACACAGCCCCUGUGCCCCACCCCAGAGCUGGCUGCAUCUCAGCGCUGGGCGAGGGGUCCCCAUAUACACAGCCCCUGCGCCCCACCCCAGAGGUGGCUGUAUCUCAGCACCGGGCGAGGGGUUCCCGUAUACACAGACCCAGCGCUGCACCCCAGAGGUGGCUGCAUCUCAGCACUAGGCGAGGCGUCUGCGCCCAAACAGCCGUCCCAACCCCGCUGUUUGUGUCUCCCACCCCCGGGGGGCGCUCCCACAGGCUCUCUCCGCACCACACGGGGCGGACACGGGCGCGAGGCCGGGCUCACC